ACGGAGCUUCCAAAAAUGGAGAUCUGUUUUGCUUUGGGUACAACUACUGAUAGCCUUGCUUCUAAUGCUAAACAAUAUCGAAUUCUUGCCUCUACGUCUUACAAUCAGACCGUGAUUAGGCGAUCAGGAAAAUACAAGCCCCCUAUAUGGGAAUUCGAUUAUAUUCAGUCCUUAAAAAGUGAAUACACGGAAGAGAGAUACAAAACAAGGGCUUCUGAGAUGAAGAUGCAAGUGAAGAUGAUGCUUGAUGAAACGAUGGAACCACUGGAUCAGUUGGAAUUAAUUGAUAACUUGGAGAGGCUGGGAAUAUCUUACCAUUUUGAGGAUGAAAUUGAGCAAAUAUUGGCUUUCAUAAACCGAAAAUAUAGCAAAAGUAAGGAGCCAAAGAUUAAGGAUUUGUAUGCUACAGCUUUGGAAUUUAGACUACUAAGACAACAUGGCUUUAAUGUCUCUCAAGAGAGAUUUGAUUGUUUCAAGAAUGAGAAGGGCAAUUUCAAGCCAAGCUUAUGUAAUGAUACAAAGGGAUUACUACAACUGUAUGAAGCUUCUUUCUUGUCAAUAGAAGGUGAGAGUACUCUGGAAAUGGCAAGAGAAUUCACUAUCAAACAUCUCGAGGAUAAAAGUGUUGACGACAUUCAUUGUGAUCCAUUGGUGCACCAUGCCUUGGAGAUUCCACUGCACUGGACCAUACCUCGGGCUGAAGUAGGGUGGUUCAUAAACAAAUAUGAGAAGAGACCAGACAAGAAUCCAAUUCUUCUCCAACUUGUAAAACUGGAUUUCAACAUUGUUCAAGCAACAUAUCUUGAGGAACUAAAAUAUGUCUCCAGGUAUUGCCGAGUGCGCUAAAUAUAUCGUAUUUUAAGCUCCUAACCUUACCAUCCUUGGUUUCUGUAUAUGAAUAUGUGGUGGAAGAGAACAUGCCUUGCCAAGAUGUUGCCAUUUGCCAGGGAUAGGCUCGUGGAAUGUUUCUUUUGGAAUAUAGGAGUGCUAUUUGAACCACAAUAUGGAUUUUCACGAAUAGAUGCAACCAAAGAAAAUGUUUUUAUUACAAUUAUGGAUGAUAUAUAUGAUGUGUAUGGUACGUUUGAAGAAAUGAAACAUUUUACAUACAUCAUUGAAAGAUGGGAUGUCAGUGCAAUUGAGCAACUUCCAGAUUACAUGCAAAUUUUCUAUCUAGCACUCAACAACUUCAUCAAUGAAAUGGCUUACGAUGUUCUCAGAGAAAAAGGGAUCGUAAUUAUUCCAUAUUUAAGAAAAGUGUGGACAGAUUUAUGCAAAGCAUACUUACAAGAGGCAAAAUGGUGCUUCACUGGAUACACCCCAACAAUGGAAGAGUAUAUGGAAAAUGCAUUGAUUUCAAUAUCAGCUCAUGUAAUAUUGUCACAUUCUUUUUUCUCUGUUACCAAUCCGAUAGAGAAAGAAGCCAUUCAGUGCUUAGAGAAAUAUCCUGAUAUAGUUCGCUGGUCGGCUACAAUUUUAAGGCUUGCAGAUGAUUUAGCAACAUCAUCGGAUGAAUUGGAAAGAGGCGAUGUUCCUAAAUCAAUACAAUGUUACAUGAAUGAAACUGGUGCUUCCAAAGAUGAGUCACGCAAACACAUAAGGUUUUUGAUAUGCGAGACCUGGAAAAAGAUUAACAAAGGUCGAGAUGCAAAUUGUCCAUUCUCACAAACAUUCAUUGAAAUUGCAGUGAAUCUUGCUCGAAUGGUACAAUACAUGUACCAGUAUGGAGAUGGACAUGGAAUUCAAAAUCAUGAAACAAAAGAUCGCAUUUUAGCUUUACUAUUUGAGCCCAUUCCCCUCAACUAGAGUUCGAAAUUCAUUUGUGGUAGGAAUGUUGUUUUCACACUUGCAAGUUGCACUGUAUAUUAACUAUGAUGUCGUGGCCAAACAUAUCAUGUAAUCCAUGUUUGUUACAAAAAUAAUUGUGAUGAUUGGAGCGAAUUCAGACCUUUUAAUAUACACCUCUUAAUA